GGGUUUGUAACAAGAAAGAGGAACCUUUCGUCAAGUUGAAGACAAAUAGAAAACUAUCAUGUGUUAGAAUACUGAAGAGUGAAAUUUCUUGGAUUACUAUAUUUCUGGAUUGUAAAGCAAAGGAAAGAAGAGACUGAAAAUGGGCAGAAAGAAAAUACAGAUCACGAGAAUAAUGGAUGAACGGAACAGACAGGUCACCUUUACGAAGAGGAAGUUUGGAUUAAUGAAGAAGGCAUAUGAGUUGAGUGUACUCUGUGACUGUGAAAUAGCACUCAUCAUUUUUAACAGCUCUAACAAACUCUUUCAGUAUGCCAGCACUGAUAUGGACAAAGUUCUUCUUAAGUACACAGAAUACAACGAGCCCCAUGAAAGCAGAACCAACUCAGAUAUCGUUGAGGCUCUGAACAAGAAGGAACACAGAGGGUGCGACAGCCCGGACCCUGACACUUCAUAUGUGCUCACGCCACAUACAGAAGAAAAAUAUAAAAAAAUUAAUGAAGAGUUUGAUAAUAUGAUGCGGAAUCAUAAAAUCGCACCUGGUUUGCCUGCGCAGAACUUCUCCAUGUCGGUUACAGUUCCAGUGUCCAAUCCCAACACUCUAACCUACAGUAACCCAGGGAGCUCCCUUGUAUCCCCAUCGCUGGCUGCCAGUUCAUCGUUAACGGACACGACCAUGCUCUCCCCACCUCAGACCACGCUGCAUCGGAACGUGUCACCUGGGGCCCCUCAGAGACCACCGAGUACUGGCAAUGCAGGUGGAAUGCUGGGGACAACUGACCUCUCAGUGCCAAAUGGAGCUGGUACCAGUCCGGUUGGAAAUGGGUUUGUGAACUCUCGCGCCUCACCAAGUCUACUUGGAACUACUGGUGGUGGGAAUGGCUUAGGCAAAGUCAUGCCUACAAAGUCUCCACCUCCGCCUGGAGGAGGUAAUCUUGGAAUGAACAAUCGCAAACCAGACCUCCGUGUUGUCAUCCCGCCCUCCAGCAAGGGUAUGAUGCCACCAUUGUCGGAGGAGGAUGAAUUGGAGUUGAAUACCCAAAGGAUAAGUAGUUCUCAGUCUACACAGCCUCUUGCUACCCCUGUGGUGUCUGUGACAACUCCAAGCUUGCCUCCGCAGGGACUGGUGUAUUCGGCCAUGCCUACCGCCUACAACACUGAUUACUCCUUGACUAGUGCAGACCUGUCUGCCUUACAGGGAUUUAACUCCCCGGGAAUGCUAUCUUUAGGGCAGGUAUCUGCCUGGCAGCAGCACCAUCUAGGUCCAGCAGCCCUCAGCUCUCUUGUUAGUGGCAGCCAGCUAUCUCAGGGUUCAAAUUUAUCCAUUAAUACCAACCAAAACAUCAACAUAAAAUCUGAACCAAUUUCACCUCCCCGGGACCGUGUAACUCCCUCUGGCUUCCCACAACAACAACAACAGCAGCAACCACCACCACCGCAGCAGCAGCAGCAGCAGCAGCAGCAAUCACGGCAGGAAAUGGGUCGCUCUCCUGUCGACAGUCUCAGCAGCUCCAGCAGUUCCUACGAUGGCAGUGAUCGGGAAGACCCCAGAAGUGAUUUCCAUUCACCUGUUGUGCUGGGAAGGCCACCAAAUUCAGAAGAUAGAGAGAGUCCAUCAGUAAAACGGAUGAGGAUGGACACAUGGGUGACAUAAACUUGCAGUGCUGCCUCUUCAGUUUUGUGUUCUCAAAAUGAACUGUCCUGACAUAUCUAAAUUUAUAAAUAAGGACAUGAAAUAAGUAUAUUUAUAUGUAUAUACAUACAUGCAUAUAUAUAUCUUCACAUGCAUAUAUAUGUGCUAGUGUGUGUAGCAUACACAAAAAUCAUCAGGCACUUAUUACAAACUUCUUGUAUAGCUGCAGAUGUCCCAUGGUAAAAAUGUAACAGAACAAUCCUAUAGGUAUUGAUCUAGUCUGGCACUUACCUGGACUUGUUGUUUUAAUAAUAUAACCUGUUUUGCAAAGAAACGUUGUACCCAUAUUAUAAUCCUACCACACUAGAUUGCAGAAACCAAGAGGGCUCGCCUGUAGUAAUGUCCCUGUGUGUUUUAUUAAAGCUGUAUGGUUACUUGUAGUUAAGAAAUAAUGCUUUGUAGCAGCAGAGCAGUAGAAAAAGCAGGAAGAAGAAAGCAAUACUGUACAUAAAAUGACCUUAAUAUUACCCAACCUGGCAUGGGUCUCUAGUGCAGAGGGUGCAUGGAGAAGGGCUGAUGCUAUAAAAAACACAAAACAAAAAUCUUGUUUUGCACGUGCAAAAAAAAAUGUAUUGGGUCAAAGAAGUGAUUUUUUUUUUUUAAUAAAAGUGAAAGAGAGACAUAGAAAACUCGCAUGAAAUAUUCAGAAAAUAUUAGCCUAGAAGAUAGAUCAUUAACAAAAUAAAAUUAAUAUAUUAAGUUAUAAUUGGAAUAUGUUUGACAAAUUUCUUUUUACGUUCAUACCUUUGAAAAAUAUAGAAACGGAUUUUAGCUCAUGUAUAUUUUAUAUUAAAAGAAAACAAUACCCUAAUGAAUUGAAGACUAUAUAUAAAGUUAUAUACAGUACUUUUGAACACAUUCUGCUAAGAAUUAUUUAUAUAAGCCAAAGCUGUAUGUUGUAGCUUUUUUGUAGAGUAUAGUUUUAUCUUAUUUUGACUUUCUAGUUUUUGCUUUCAAAGAUGAAAAGGAAAAACUUGCAGGCGGAACCUUGGGGGGAAAAUAAGCCAUGAACACUUAUAUGUAAAUUUAAAUUUGAGCCAAACUCUUUGUGUAUAUAGCAUCUUAAAUAUAUUAUCACCUUUGGUGUAAGUACCUAUGUAUUGUACGUUCACCAGAUUUAAAAAGUAUAUUUUUGUGGAUUGACGCCAACUUGAAAAAGGCGAGGUCCUUAUUAAGUAGAGUAUUCACUGUUUAAUAUUUACUAUUUUGUUAAAUAUACUGUACUUUCUUUGGAUUUUAAUUAUUAUUAAUAUUAUUAUCCAGAUUUUUCAGAGGGUGUAUAAAGGGGUUGUCCCCCUCACUGGUGGUGAAUGUGUGCCGUUAAAUUGUAAUCUCUGUGCUGUAUGGUUAAGCUUCAUUAUACAUUUUAUAUAUAUGUAUAUAAAUAGCAAAGUGGCAAAAAAAAAAUCUGGUGUUAAGUUCAUCCUGCAUAAAUAUUAAAAAUCUGUUACAACACAUUUUAAAGGCAUCAUUUUAAAACUGCCUCUUUUGAGGAGGAAAAAAAAAAGUGGAAAAACUUGACCUGAUUUCUCAUGAUAGGGAGCUAACACAUAUCAAAUGAGCACAAAAGGUGUUUUAAGUGGUAAGUGGGAUAAAAACCUCAGCCUCAGAAAUAAAUAUGCUGUUCCUCUUUGCUGUUUCCAUGAAAAAGAGCAAGGAGUCCCAUCGUGUUAUAAAACCUGGCUAGUAGAAGUUCUCAUUCUCUUCUUUGAUUUAUACAUUUAGAAUGUAGCAGGACAUUACAGUCCUUAGGGUUUGCACAAUCUGCCUGUGUUGUAACCAGCUUCAGAGGGCCAGCGACAGUGGUGGAGUGUCACCUGUUGCUUGUAGGCCGCAGUCGGACUGAUAAUUACCUGCCCUAUCAGAGCUGGUAAAAACUGGCUUUGUGCAACAAACCUCUGAGAACCCCAAGACUUGGUAUAUAAAGUUAUGCCAACUUAGUUUGGAGUAACUGAUUUUGUGUUAGCAAGCAUUCUUACCUUGCUGUAGAAAUCUAAUCUGUUUUCGAGUCCUUGCUCUGCCAUCUUCCUGGACAUGUGAAAUAUUCCUUCCUACUGGGAACCACCUUGAAAAGAUACAGAUGUUACCGCUGGUAGCUCUAAUUUUGGGAAAAAAGGAACAAUGGUGGGUUUUGUACCAAACCCAUUCAAAAUUAUCCCUGAUAGUUAUUAAAUUUUUUGCUUGGGCUUUUAAACUUUUUCUAAAGCUGUUAAAAAAAAAAUUAAAAAAAAAAAAUCACUUGAUACUAAACUGAAGUGUUAGAAAUGGAAAUCCAGUGCAGCCAGCUAUCUCCUCAGCUGCUUGCUUAGGAUGCAACUGAAGAACAAAGUUACUACAUACAGCUUGCAAACCAGGUCUGUUGUUGUCGUAGUAACGUUAAAAUUCACUGGUUCCUAGUUGUUUGUUUCAGACACUGUUACCAGUGGAAAUCAGGCUGCAUUAUUCCAGCAUUAGUUACCAGUUUACAAAUCCUACAGAGGAACCAGUUUCUCUUUCUAAUGGAAACUGUAUUGCCAAAGUGAUUUAAUUCACUUACUUACCACUUCAAAGAACCUUUUAAUGCUUUGAAAAAAUUAUGUGAUUUUUUUUUUCAUUAUUUAUGCACAUAUAUGAACUUUGCUGUACAUCUGAGUGGGAGUUCUGCAUUCACAUUUACUGUCUAUUUUCUUGUGUGCCUUAUAAGAUGGCUUUGCUGACUGUAUCUCAAUAGUCUUUAUUUCUAUGCAGGUUUUAAACAAACAGUACUAUUACUGUUUUCUUUAAAAAGUUAUCGGUUAGUGUUUAUAAUGAAAUUGCACCAAUUCAAAAAAAAAAAAAAAUCAGUUGUGAAGAAUUGAUACUGAGACUGUUAACAUGUUGCCCCAAACCCACCAAUAGACUCAGCAGAAUAAGUCUUUUAUGAAGACCUCCCACGUCAGUGGGAGCAUCUCUUGCUGUUAAGUAAGUAAAUGGGAAUUCUGAUUUUUAAUAACAUACAUAGCUCACUUUAAACCAUACUUUUUUAGAAACUGUAAAAGUGUUUUGUACAAAAAAAAAAAAAACAUAGCACAGAUAUUUCAACAGUUAAAAAAAAAACCUUUUUUAAAAGUAAGUAUACUGAAUGAAGUUGUAAGUGGUUCCAAUUCUAUUUUGAAUCCAUUCAAGUCUGAAUGAUUUAAGAUUUUUAUCUUUUAAUGUGACAAAUCACCUCUCCAUCGUUGAGCUCUCGCUGAUAGUAUUUAAGAGUACAGAUGUAAUCAGGGAUUCGUCAGAGAAAAAUGCUUUAGCCUUUCCUUUUACUUAAAGGACACUAAUGCAUCAGAAACGUAAAAAUUACUGUGCGCACAAGAAAUACAUAGUAAAUAAGGAACAUAAUGACUCCUAACAAUUGAUCAUGGGAAGAAGUUAAAUUAGAAUGUGAAAGAAAGAUAAAUGUAAACAUUUAAAUCUUAGUAGAAACUUUCUUCACUUUGCUGUGCAAGAGAACACUGCUUUGCUAUAUUUAAAAUGGCUUUUUUAAAAGAGAUUUAUGUAUUUGGUAAAUGUUUGUAGUCAACAGUUCACAAAGAAGCUGUUCACGGUUUAAUGAUGAUAAGCCGUUUGGCGGCACAAGCUGGACUUUGUUGCCAUCCUUGAGAUGAAUCUUUUAAGAGAAAAAAAUAAGUUAAUCUCAAUUUUUUUCCCUGAAUGUGUUGUUUUUCUUCAAUAUACAAUAAAUAUUCUAGUGAACCUUUUUAUCAAAUGGUUAAGAAAAUGCUAGAGGUUGUUGUAAAAUAUUUGUAUCCUGCAUUCACUAAAGUAAAGAUACUGGCUUUUACUGUGUA